GGCUUGUGUCCCCCCACCCGCGAGGCCCAGUCCGCCCCCGCCCACUCCUGCCCCAGCCGAGCCGCGCAACUUCCCGGCAGCCGGGGCCAAAGUGAGCGCAAAGUGCUGCCCAAGUUGCUGGGAUGGAGCUGCAGAGCCGGCCCGAGGCGCUCGCCGUGGAACUCGCGCGCCACCAGAACGGCGACCUCAAGAAGCAGCUCCACGAGAGACAGCCGCGGAUCGCCGCGCUCAGCGACAAACAAGCUUUGGGAACCAUCACUGCAGUGCCUGUCACAGGUCCUCAGGUCAGCUCCUUGCAGAGGUUGGCCAGGCAAGGAGCGGCGGUGCUACCUCAGGUUAGGCCAAAGACUCUGAUUCCAGACAGCCUCCCCCUUCCCCCAGGCCGGGAUCGGCCACCCAAGCAGCCCCCGACAUUCCAGAAGGCCACCGUGGUCAGUAUCAAGAACCCCAGCCCAGCCCUCCCCACCGCCAACAACACCGUGAGCCAUGUGCCAACGCCCGGCAGCCAGCCCCAGGCCCUCGCCGAGCCCGCCGCCAUCACCUCCCCUCUGAGCAGUGCUGGGGUGGCCUAUGCCAUCAUCUCCACCGCCCCCAGCAAUGCCGCCGCCAUCACCCCCAGCACCGCCGUGUCCGUGGUCAGCGACAGCCUCAAAGUGCAGCCCCUCCUCAUCAGUGCCGACAACAAGGUGAGGGGCGCCCUCGGGCCGGCCCCAGCCCCGUGGACACAUCGCUGCCCUCCUUCCCCCUCCCUCCUCUCUCUCUCCCCACCCCGUCCCCCCUCACCCCUCCACGCCAUCUUCCAGGUCAUCAUCAUCCAGCCUCAGGUGCAGGCGCAGCCCGAGGGCACAGCGGAGGCACGGCCACCCACGGAGGUGCCAUCUCAGGGAGCGCAGGCCACCAAAAAGCGGAAGGAGGAUCGGCCCCCGAGCCAGGAGAACCCCGAGAAAAUCGCCUUCAUGGUGGCGCUAGGUCUGGUCACCACGGAGCACUUGGAAGAAAUCCAGAGCAAGCGCCAGGAGCGGAAGAGAAGAAGCACAGCCAACCCCGCCUACAGCGGCCUCCUGGAGACGGAGAGGAAACGGCUGGCGUCCAACUAUCUCAACACCCCCCUGUUUCUCACAGCACGAGCCAAUGAGGACCCCUGCUGGAAGAACGAGAUCGCCCACGAUGAGCACUGUGCUGCCUGCAAGCGAGGGGCCAACCUACAGCCCUGCGGCGCCUGCCCCGGGGCCUACCACCUCAGCUGCCUGGACCCGCCCCUCAGGACAGCACCCAAGGGCGUGUGGGUAUGCCCCAGGUGCCAGCAGAAGGCCUUAAAGAAAGACGAUGGUGUGCCCUGGACCGGGAUGCUGGCCAUCGUGCACUCCUAUGUCACCCACAAGACAGUCAAAGAAGAGGAGAAGCAGAAGCUGCUGCAGAGAGGCAGCGAGCUGCAGAGCGAGCACCAGCAGCUGCAGGAGCGGGACCGGCGCCUGGCCUCGGCGGUGAAGAAAUGCCUGGAGCUUAAAACGAGCCUGCUGGCCCGGCAGAGGGGCACCCAGUCGUCCUUGGACCGCCUGCGGGCCCUCCUGAGACUGAUACAGGGCGAGCAGAUGCUCCAGGUCACCAUGACAACCGCCAGCCCUGCCCCAAUGCUGACUGGGCCCUGGACCAAGCCCUCAGCAGCAGCCAUGCACUCUGCCCUCCAGCAUCCCCAGGGGCACAAUUGACCCCGAGGGACCUGUCUUCACACCCACAGAAGUCACUGAGACCCUGCUCACAAGACCCGAGGGUUCUGUCAGCCUUAAUUCAUAAACACUAUGAAUUUCAGACAAACAUAAAACCAGAGAGAAAGAGACAGAGGAAAGCAGGGAGA